AGGGAAUUCCCUCUCCAUUGACCUUUGUCACGUUUCAAAACAUUACAACGUGUUAAUUACAGUGAGAAUCUAAACACGUUGAUAUGUAGGAAAGAGUACUGUAUGAUAUGGACUGCACAAAGGAAUUGCUACAUAAUGGGCUUGAGGAAGCAAUUCAUAAGGCUGAGACGAUUUUAAAGAAGGCCAAAGAUUAUGCACAAGAGUCUAUGAAGGACUUUGCGACAGAUAACCACACAUGUCUUGGUGGUUUAAUUGGGGUGUAUUACAAUCUUUUCACAAGUUUGGGUGUUAAAUCAAGACAAGAACUUGAAAAAGCGUGUGAGAGAAAUUUCAGGCAUUUGGAAAUACAGGAAAGUUGGCAUGAAUUAGAAGCUGUGGAGAGGGAAUGGAAUCGGUUUCUUGAUGAUAUAGACAAAGAGCAAUACUUUACAGAGUAUACCACAGCACCUCUACAGAUUGGCUCUCCAGCUCCUGUUGACCUCCCUUUAAUAAAUUCUCAAAAUAAUCAAACAACUUAUCUCAAAGAAUGGAUGAACAGCAGCUACCUAAUCCUUAUCUUGUUGCGCCAUUUUGCUUGACUGCCAUGACGAGACCACAUAAAAGAUGUGGAGCAGAGAGAGUCGGAACUGACCGCAGCUGGCAAUAAGAUAAUUGUGGUCUCUUUUGGAGGAAUUGAAGGUGCCCGCCAGUGGUUAGAGGUGACACAAUGUCAUUAUGAACUCUUACUAGACCCAGAUAGAAAGUUGUAUCAUGCUCUUGGCCUAGGUAGAUCCAUGUCAAAGGUGUGGAAAACUGACACGCUGAAUUAUUAUGCAGAACAGAAAGCAUCUGGAAGAGCUCUUCCCAAGCCAGUGGAGGAUGAUCCAUUGCAGAUGGGUGGUGAUUUUGUCAUAGACCCAACUGGCCACAUGGUUUACAUCCACUGCAGCAAAGACCCCACUGACAGACCCUCAGUUGAACAUCUCAUUCAGCUUAUUAAAGACCAUGCUGCCACAGGACCAGAAAGCAAGUAAAUUGUGUUGUUCCUUUUAAAUGCCAAGAUGACAGUUUUAGUGUAAAUCAGUUCCUACUGACCACAAAAGCUUGAAGGAUGCAUUAAGAGGAGCUGCAUUCUAUUAUUUCUGAAUUUAUUCUUCCACCAUGGAUGGAUUUUAUCAAUUGCCAAUUGUACUUGAUUAUAUCAAAAUGUUUUUUUUACUGACAGUAUAAGUAAAUAUACAAUGGAAAUGUAAUCUGAUAAUUUAUUCAAGAUUAUUGUUUUUAACCUAGAUAAAUCAAAAAUCAUUUACUGAACUACUGUACAGGGUGUUCAUAUACCAUGAGUUGAGCAACCCUUAAUUGUGUAAAAUGUGAUAUAUGACCAGCAUCAAUGAAAAUUGAUGUAAAAAAGACUAUUCUUCAUUGGUGAGGUUAUUGUUUUACAAUUAAUUUGUUAUUUUAACAUUAUGUUAACACGUGGGUAAAAGUUUUCAGGAUGAUAUGCCUGAUAUCAGGAUUUUCAGUUUUUAUUUUGGUCAUCUUUUAUUCAUAUGGUCUAAAUGCAAUGAGAAAUUGCAAGAAAUGUUUUCAGGAUUUUUAGUUCUUACAACUGUCACCCUUGUGUUAGCAUACAGCAAAAUAAUAUUAUGUAUUUUUGUUCCUGCCGUAUAUUUAGACUUCAAUAACCAUCUAAAACAUUGAAUCAAUUGCACAUGUAUUGUUGAAUACUAAAGAUACUCAGUCAACUAUCUCUAAAAUUAUGUUUGUCAUCUUUGCUUAUUGCCAGUAGAAUUGAUGUGAAUAUUACAUAUUUUAAUAAAAAAAAAAAAAUCAUUUAAAAUGUAUUUUAACUAUAACAGCAAAAUAUAGCCUUCCCAAAAGUCAAUAAAAAUAAGAUGAAUAUAUGUGAUUUUGUAACCCAAA